UCAUACACUUAGAUACACAACACAAGUUUUGCAUCUAAUAAUAGCUUAAGAUAAGUAUCUAAUAGAUUAAAAAUUUUUGUAAAAAUUCUUUCUCGACGUCAUUAUCCAAACUAUGGAAAUGUUUUUACCCAGAUUAGUAGAGAUUAAGGAUUGAGGAUUUUCUUGUGUUUCUCUUGAUACCAUUGUCCAAAGUAUUGAAAUAUUUUUACCUGGAUUCAGUAUAAAUAUUCGCACAACUCUGAAUUUUAGCCAGUCUUUGGGCGACCACCGAUCGAGCGAAACGUGGUGCGAAAUCUGAACUUAAGUUUUAAAGGUUUUUUUUUUGUUUUUUUUUUUUUUUUAAAGAAACUGUGACUGUGCAAUGUUUUCCGUAAUCAUGAUGAAAAACCAAAACAAGAAAAAAGUGUUUUUCUCGAUACAACACAAGACGAUGACUGAAACGAACGCAUCUGUGAAAAUGAGCCACGAAUACGGGAUCUCGCAAGAUUUCACGCAUGGAGACUACGAUCUUUUAUCAAAUUUUGGAAACAGGGGGGAGUUAUAUAAAAUUCGUAAAGGAUUUCUGAACGAGGAUGUGGAAAAUUGUUUGUACACGUUGUUUCUGCAGCAACAAUCAGUAGGGAAUCCUUUGACCAAUUCGUCGCAACAAGAAAAAUCGAUGAAAAUUUGUGGCGGAUUAUUGUUUGGUGGCAGAGGUUCCCUACGGAUUUUUAAAAAACGCUACAUGACUCAGUCUUACAGGCAGAAGGUUAAUGAGAACAAAGCUGCAAAAAUAUUCGUAAACAAUUCAACGACGAACAACAGCAAAGCGGAGAGGGAAAAAAAAGAAGGAUUUAUCGGAGAGAAACAAAGAAAAAUGGAAGAAGAAAAUUUAGAAUUUGAAAAGGAAUUAAAGAAAGGGCGGAUGAUGCAGGAGAGAGGAAGGAGAUGUGGAAUGGAGGAAGGGCAGUUAAUUGAAAAUUCAAAAUUAAGCUUUGUGGAAAGGAAGAGAGGAGAUUUAAAUACGCUGGAACAAAUUAUAAAAAAGUAUGCCAAUGAUGAUCAAACUGUAAUAACAAUGGGUGAAACUAUAAGAAGAAUUCUUGAAAAUAAAAUUUAAAUAAAGGUUAAAUUAUUCUUGAAAAUGAAGAAAAUGAUUUU